GUCAAUCCAUAUUCCGCACAGCACGCGCAUAUUGCGUAGUAAAAGCAGUUGGGAAGUAACUAGAACAUGGAUUGCUGAUAAGGUUUGGCUGUUUGGAGAAACAACACACCUGUUAUCAUAACGUUGAAUUGUUCUCAAUUACACAGUCAAUACAAUGAUUCUAACUGUAAAACCACUUCAAGGAAAGGAGUGCAAUGUAGAGGUCACAGAAGAUGAAAAAGUCUCUACGGUGAAAGAACUGGUGUCUGAACGUUUGAAUAUACCUGCAAAUCAGCAGCGAUUGCUUUACAAGGGGAAAGCCCUUGCAGAUGAACACAGAUUGAGUGAUUAUUCCAUUGGGCCAGAGGCCAAGUUAAACUUGGUGGUUCGUCCAGCAGGGGAGAGGAGUGGGAUGGCUAGCAGUUGCUGUGCAGUCAGUGGGGUGUGGCAGACUCUGGCCACUGUCCUGGCGAAACACUUCAGCCCUGCAGAUGCAGCUAAAGUGCAAGAACAGUUAAUCAAGGAUUAUGAACGUUCACUUCGGCAACUCAGUCUGGAUGAUAUUGAGCGCCUGGCCGGGCGACUGCUUCACCCAGACAGUGAGGGCAUGGACACAUCCUACAUGGAUUGAAAGCCUGCCUGUCUGACUUGACGGUAUUCUGGCGAUUCAGAGGAGCAGUGGGUCAAUUUUAAAAGAGCAUGGCAGGGGAGAUGGUGUAAAUGUACUUUCAUGCUGAGAAUCCCUUGUCAGCCUGAUAAAGGUUUAAUUGUACAGGGAUAACAUGAAAUGUUGACUAUAGUGUAGCUGCAAAGCUUUCAGAUCACAGCCUGUCUUAAUGAUUGUUUUCUUUGUUUUCUCCAGACAUUCCUGUACAAUUAAUAGGAUAUUUUCACUUGAUCAAAUCAGACUGAAACGAGAGCCAAUAGCUUUUGACUGUUGGUCUAAAGUUAUCUGUGGCUGCUACGUCACGUUACAAGAGGACACUGAGUAAUUAUGGAAGUUCUUAUUUAUAAGCAAUGUGUUGGAAAUGAAUGAUAGUUUACAGAAAACACUAUCUGUAAGAAGGUGAGUUCUGGUUAAUGUUGAUCAAUGCAGUCAUUGUAUGAUUUGUAUAUAUUGUGUUUAUACAAGCAUUAAAAAAAUUAAGGUUUU